UUUCACUUUAGUUUAAGAGCUAGCCUGAAAACAUGUUGCAGCUGCUGCUUUUCUUAAUCAUCUAUCCUAUUCUUGAUUUAACGGCUGCCAGAUCCUUACACAGUGGUUCUGUUCACACUAACCAGGGCUGUCCCAGAGGGCAAUAUGAAAUCAAUCGUGUCUGUUGUGACCUUUGUAAGCCUGGUUCUGUUGUCAAAUUGUUAGAUUGCAGAAGCAAUCCUAAAACCAAUUGCAAACCUUGCACAGAGGGUAAAGAUUAUAUGGAUAAAGACAAUUAUAAAACUAAAUGCCUACGAUGUAGUUACUGUGAUGCAGUGCACGGAAUGGAACCUGAAAAAAAUUGUACCAUCACACAGAAUGUAAAAUGUAGGUGUAUGAUGGGUUUCUUUUGCAAUUCGACUAAGCCUUGCCGCCACUGUGAGAUAUGUGAUCCGUGUAAAAAUGGCAUCGUUGUAAAAGAAUGCACCCCAACACAAAACACGGUUUGUAGGGAAAAAGAUACGCAAACCACAAAAGACCAUUUGCAAUGGCUUUGGCUUAUUCUGCCUGUUGUCGCAUUGAUUGUGGGACUGAUUUUAUGGUGGCGCUGUUGUCCAGAGCACAGAAUUCAAAGGAGGCCAAACAUUCCAAAUCAAAACGGCCCUAACUAUGGAUUCAUAGAACUUAAGAAAAUUAAGUGUCCAGAUAUUAACUUGAAGCCUUACAUUCCUGAAAUUGUACGUGAUAUGGAAGUGAACCAAUAUCACUACUUUACAAGAACGCAAGACAUUAUACAAUUUGUGAAGGACUCCUUUCAAGUAAAGUAG